UUCGAAGACCACCAUUUUUUAAGGGAAAAUCCCUGGGGAUGAGGUUGUUCGAAGACCAGUCCCCUUGGAGACUGAUACGUUCUACGGGAGCACCGCAACGGAAGGCGUAGGAAGCUCCACCACGGCGAAAACUGUGGCCCGAGAAUUUUUUGGCUGGGAAGCCUGCGUGACUGAGAACCUUCCGCAAUUUGUCGGUGAAUGCGGAGUGUGUAAUGGGAGUGGCGUGACCUUUUCUGUAAUGCAGGAAAGCAGGCGAAGGCUGGGUGACCGGGAAUUGUAAAAUGUGACGUUCAUAUGCCUGCACGGGGCAGAGAUGGUGACCGUGGGAGACCCGCAAAACGGGAAUGAGCAACUGACGCUCUCGGAAUUGAAUCGUUUUUGACCAACGAACGCAGAUAACCAAACCCCACGGUCUGACAAUGAUGUCGCGGCGACAUAAAUUCUUGGCGGGAUCAAAAUCCUUCUCUGAUUUGGGCACGAGAUUUGAUUUACGAAAGAAAGUGUAGAACCCGAUUAGCAUCGCUGCCCAGAAGCCUGAGUCAGAUCGUGCUGUGAACUGAGGGUGAAGCCGCAAAAGAAUAUCUGGGGUGAUGGGAAGUUUUUGAACUGGGGCGUCACCAAGAAUGCGCCGAAGUCCGCGUAAGAUAAGUUUGAUAGAAAACACUUCCUGAAACGUGACGUUGAAGCCAAAAUGUCGGUGAAGAAUAUUAAUAGCAGAUAAGUAGUUGAUUACUGUAGAAUAUUUGCAAUAAUAAGACAAGUGAAUUAGAAAACGAAUAAUUGUUUGCACCUCGGCUGGGAUGGGAACCAGGUGAUAAGUAGUACAGAACCGAAGAUAGGAGCGCCAUUGAGAGCGACGAGUGUUGAACGUAGAAUGUGCAUAUGCCGCAGCAGAAACAAACUUGGCCCGGAAAUCCAGUUGCGUGAGGUAUCCUAGAGGGGAGAGAAAAUGUCGUUAGAUAAUGUCCGAGAUUGAAAAAGACGACUCAAUCUGUCCGCAUAAACGUUAUUUAUUCCAGCCAAGUGGCGCGCGCGGAGAUGAAAGUUGUGACGGACACUAAGCCAGAAUAACUCCCGUGACGAAGAGGUUACGGAAAGAGAACCGGAAAGAGUUCCAAAUAAUUGAUAUUACAACGAAGUGAUGAAUCAAUAGCGUGACCGUCAUCACACCAAUGGGAUGGCAAUGACUAGGAGUAAAGAUCGCUCUCUCGUGAAGGGGCCCAGGAGCCAGCAAACCAGUCGUCAGGCGGGACGGCUCCAAAACCGUGAAAGGACGCGCCCGUUUGAAUAUAAACGGGCUGGCGAAAAUCGAGCAUCAUGCGGCGCCCGUUAAACGUGACGAGAAAUUCUUUCCACCACGACACAUCUGCGCGGAGAUCGGUUGAUAAACGACACCGAUGAGAAGAGUGAUUUAAUUUGUUUAAGUAGUCAAUCACGCGACGGAGGAAUGUGCGACCACCAUCGACAACUUGGCUCGCAAAGUUCAAAGAUCCCGCGAGGGACUGCAAUUGACGUUUGGAGGCAGAAGCCUUGUGUGAGAAAGUGUUAACGAGAUGGAUCAGCCAGAUAAUUAACCACAGCACGAAAACCACGGCGAGCCAUCAUGCGAACAAUAGCGUUAGAGAUACGGUUGAAAAUGAACGGUGCGCGCGAGAGACCGAAACAAAGUCUGUUGUCCACGUAAUAAUUUUACUGGGAAGAGUCGUGUGUGCCAAACAUCCAGCGAAAACCUUGUAAUUCUCGGUUAGGGGGGAAAACCGGGAUCCAGCGCCAAGAAGAUUCGAUAUCAACUAUCGAGUAAAAACAAUAAGGUGUAGAAAAUGACACCGCGCUGUCAAUUGAAUUCAUGCGAAAGGACUCUAACUCACGCUUAAUAGGAUCGUUCAAAGAAAUACCAUGCGGACGACUGCAGUCAGUAAUUGGGUGGGAUUUUCCUGAGUCCUUUUUCGGUACACGGCCAAUAGGGUGAACGCACCGCGGUUUAGUUUGAACCAUAGAGAUGCGCCCUAAGGCGAGUUCUUUUGUGAAUAAACUAUCCAUUUUCGGUUUAAAGUCUGGGCCCGGGGGGGGUACUCGCAGAAAAAUUGGGUAGGGGUGUGCGGCCCGCUUCCCAAAACCCUUACCCUAUUUAUGACCAAAAUCUGCGAUUUUCCCUACCCUAUUUAUGACCAAACCAAAAAUUUGAUACCCUAUUUAUGACCUGACCCUUAAAUCAAUACCCUGUUUCAGACCUGCCUUAUAAUUAUUUCCCUAGUUCAGACCAAUGUUAAAGGCAAUGUUUAUCUGCUUUUAUUAGGUUAGGGGGACAUGAUAAGGAAGUAGCUUCUUCUUAAAAAGUGCAUUCAAGACUACAGUGUAAAAAUCGUUACCCUAUUUAUGACCAAAAUGGCGGCAAAAUAGCCAAAAUCGAUACCCAAUUUAUGACCAAAACAGCUGAAAAACCCUACCCUUUGGGGCCGCACAUACCUAUAUAGCCCAUAUUAGGGAGUACCCCCCCCGGGAGUCUGGGCAAGUAGCACUAGAGUAAUUGUCGGAUUCGUAGGCGACGAUACAAGAAGGGUCGGACUCUGGAAGAAGCUUAAAACCAAAACGCAAACCACGGAGGAUAAAAAUUCUAUCGGGGUCGUCAGAAAGUUCCUUGUCCCAAGCGUGGAAACGUAAAGGGCAAUCCUCAAGCGGGGGUAUAGAAAAAUUUGUUGAAGUAGGAUGCGCGAAGGGUGCUGACAGAACAUUUUCCUCGAGCGGGGACUGUUCUAAAGAAUCGGUUCAUUUUUUGCUUUUCUCAGCGUUCGCGGAACCCGAACAACUCUUGCCCUUAUGCUGAGUAGAGGAACAGUGAAUACAAACGUGCUUGUAACGACACGACUGUGGAUUUGGGCAACCAGUUGGGUUAAAGUUCCAGCGAAAACAGAAUUCUUCAUUUCCUGACCCGCGGCUAUUCCCGCGACUUUCGUUUCGGGGAGGGCGCUGUGCCACGGCGGCAUCAAAAUACUGCGCACUGAGGUCAUCUAAAUUGGUGCCUUAUCCAAAAUUAUCCCGCGCCUUCGUGGCACUGUAAUCUUGAUCAAAUGCAAGGAUGGCCUUGGUUUGAAAACGAGUGCCUUUUAUAGCCAAAAACUUCAAGUAGGUGAGGUAAUCAGCAGCUUCGCGAGGACUCUUUAUAGUAAAAAGAGACUCAAGAAUCUUAAUAUUCGCGAGAAUAAAUUGCGAAUAAGACAGUGGUAACGGUUUGAGCUGUUUACCGUCAGGGCCAAAAACAAAGUCUGAAGGCAACAAAGGCUUACCUUCCGGUGAAGAAUUGGUACUGGGAGAAGCCGGAGAAGAUAAGGCAGCUUGAGAACCAGAAGCGGCAGAAGUAGCAGAACCAGAUGCAGCAGAAGUGGUAGCUAAGGUGGCUGUCUCUGAUGCCUUAUUUUCCUGCGUCGAUUGGGGGACUUGAAAUUCCGCUUCCAGCUUAGAAAUUUCCUCUGCCAAAUUGAAUAGAGGCAGAAGAUCCUUUGCAGAAGCACUGAGAGCGGCAUUGGCGGUGUCCGCUUGAGGUCCCUCACCGUCCUGUCGGAGUAGGUAAAGCACUCGCCGAAGCAUGAUUUUUUGGCCGACAACGAAGCCCAUGUCGGCCAAGUCCUGCUCGGUGAUUGAGGCAAAGACUUGUUUUGAUGUGAUUUUGUACUCAACCAGGACGUCUUUGAUAUCAUCAGGAAUGUCCUGACCACGGCAAAAUUUAGAAAGCCAGGAACUCUCGGGGGAAGAGUGUUUGCUUAGCUUUUCAGAACUUUUCGUUUUCGGAGGCAUUUUUGAUAUCAAAAUACAAAGGCGGUUCUGCUAGCUAAGAAUGACUGAUACAAACGAUGACAUGUCGUGGGCUAUAAGGGCAAACCUAUGUCGUGCACAUUCGAAGAUUGACAAUCGUUACUAGGUAUUAUACAACCAUUGGUCAGAGUCCAAUACUUAACAUAAAGACAGUAUUGAGAUGCGGGCAAAUAAAAUCAGCCCCAAGGCUUUUUAAAGUGCAACAGUUUCUUAUAAAUGACGAUCUAAUAAUGACCAGUCUAGAGGGCUUGACUGAAAAAUCGUUUACUGAAUACUUGGAGAGAUCUUUUUGUUACUUGAAUUACGUUAACGUUUUAUUUAACUGGGGAAUCCACGUCAAUUUUAACCCUAAAAGAAUAGAAUUAAAUUAACUGCUUAUGAUUACUCUUUUAAAUGGUACAGGUGCAAGAGGUUCCAAAUGAAGGAUUUGAAGAGGAUGGUGUAUUUUUUGGACCUAUUCUGCGAAUUAAAUGCUUUGAGGUUGUCCGGUUCUUAAGGCCUGUAACCAUUCAGCUUCCCGUUUCUCUUCGAGACCAGCAAGACUUUAAUCCAGAUCCCACUAAAUGCCAUGUGAGAGUCUUGUUCCUGAAUUGCGAAGAGAAAAAAAAGGAAUGGAUUGAACUCACUCAUCUGGUGAAACCUGCACUGUUUGAAGGGAAUUUUGUUAGGAUGCAAGUCCAACGAUUUUCUGGGUAAAGAAGCUUACAAAAAUCUUUAAUAUAUUUAGUAUUUACCAGGUAGAUGGACAGUUUAACCCUUUUCAAUCCAAAAUGUUGAUUAAACUUCAGUCAACGUUACUGGAUGCGACAUUUUUGGAGCUGUUUAAACACCAUGUUGAAUGGUGCUGAUGUUGCUAGAUCUGGUUUGAACGUUCAAACUUAACAUUCAACAGUGUCAGACAAUUCUUUUGUUCAGGUGUGCGAUGGCCUCAAUGUUGAAUAGGCGAACGCUCAAUUAAACUUUGUUUGCAUCAUUCAUGGUCUGGAAGGGGGGGGCAUGGGUGGAGAGGGGGUGCUGAUCUCGCAUUGCCUUUCCUUUUCCACGAAAAUCUCGCAUCCCGCACUUUUUUCAUCGCUUUCCCCAAUCCAUUUUUUUUCGAAAAUACACAAGUUACAAAAGUCUUAUUGUUGCAAAAGCGAAUAAGUGUAAGAUGUACAUUGGCCCUUUCGAUUGAUAUUUUGAAUUAUACCUUAGUGUGAUGAAGCGGAGGGAAAACAGGAGAGGAAGAAGCGAAGAGGGAGAGGAGAGGGGAGGGUUUCUUCCCACUCUCUUUCCCAGCCCUGAUCUUGACUCCCUCCCUUUGGGCCUUUGAACGACUGGAGCCGUCGUCUGUGACUGCAAGAAUAGAGGAAUGACCAAAACUAUGACUGUCUGAUUCAAGGGGACAGAGCUGGGAUCAUUGUACUGUUCGCCAUAUCUUAAGUUUUAACUAAUCAAAUAAUUUCUUCAUAAGAUUUACAAUAAAUGUAAAAAGCUUGAACAAUUAAUGGUAUGCUAGAACCAAGUGCACUCUCUUGGCAUCCGGUUGAAACAGUGGGUCUUCUGUCCGCUCUGUUGAUUUCUUGAAGGCAUUUAUAGUUUGCUUUGAUAGGACACACCACUGAACACUCGCAAGCUGUUUCGCAUUCACUGCUAGAACGUACCAUUUCCCGAAUUCCCGACAGACAGCUAAAAUCUCGCAUCCCGCGCCCAAAUUUUGAUGAAUCCCGCUCCCUGAGUAGCAGUCAAAUCCCUUUUCCCUUCAAGAUAUUGUGCGUUUUCCCAAAUCCCGCGAACCAUUUUGGUCAAAUCCCGGAUCCCGAAAAUACCCUUCCAGACCCUGAUUACUGUUUAGUAAGUAAUACCUUUUCACUUGCACUUCACAUUUCUUGUAAAUAAUUAGCUCAGAAUUCAUUCUUUCUACUAGGCCCUAUUCAACGAAGUUGGAUGAUGUUAAGCAGUAUCACUGCUUAACAUCAUCCAACUUCGUUGGAUCCAGUUGGUGGGUCGGCCUAAACGCACCUUUAGGUUCCUGAAAUGCGUCCAAGUAAUUAACAAAAAUGCCAGUACUUCUUUCAAAGCAUCUCUGAUUCAAAUUUUUUAACAAUACCCAUGCGAGGCGAUUUUAGCUACCACGCUGCCUCCCUUUCAGGUGGUUAGCAAAAAAUAUCAACUCAAAAAGCACGAAAGAACGUUUUUCCUUUUCAGUUUCCGGUUUUCCUUUUUCUAGGGCUCGGCGAUUAACGUAGAAUAAUCCAAGACUCGACCUUUCCCAUUUUAAGCUCGCAGCAAAUCCAUUCACCCUGGUUUACAUUUUUCGAUUUUUUGAUUCUAGAUAUUCGUUUCUUUUUGAGCGGCGUGAAGAAAACUCCAGAGCUUAUGGACUGGGAAUCCUAAAUUACCUUACCAGCUUCACUAGAACGCAGCCCCGAGCAGCAAGUUUCGUCGCUUACUUUCGUCCAGAUACUCCAAACAUUUUGUUCCUUAUUUGUUGCCCUGCUCACCUUAAACAAGAGGUGAUACAAGAUCUUGAAAAAAGAGACGUAACUUUAGCUGAUGGCAGUUCGAUGGAAGAUAUGAUACCUGGAGAGGACAGAGCAUUUGUGUUUUUGUCAGGAGGAAUGCGCCCAUUUGACGAGGAGGACCUAAAAAGAAUUUUUCUCAAGUAAGCUUAUUUAUUGCUUAUUCAAAAGAUUUUCCCGUUUCUGCUUGGCUCAAAUCCCAAGACUAAUUCUUGAAAACCAACUAGAGUUGACCAAAUUUGGAAGACGUUUACAAUAUCCAGAAAAUGACGUCAAUAGUGCAGCUUAACGCCAUUAAAAUGGACUGCGGCCGAAAAGUCCUGAUAAGAGUUUGAGUUGUGUUGGUAGAUCAGUACAAAAUGGCGGAACAUCCAUCACUGUCCAUGCUUUUUAAGAACAGACCGAUCUAAACAGUCAUGAUUAAUAGCUGAAUUCUCUCCGGUGACUGGACAGUUCUGUCUAAUAGUAAGCGAAGGAUUACGUCGGCACUACAUCAUGCAUGUUUCUCUCUUACGUUUAAACAGGUUAUUAAAAGACGAUAUUCCGUUUAAGACUGAAUUGCGAGUUCUUCUCGUUGAUGACGAAGACCUAGCGCAAGUGGAAUUUCGAAACACCUCGAUACACACAGACAGAACGCGUCUGUUGUGUAAGUUUCACUUAACUUUGCCGUCCCGCAAAAUGUCCCGCACGGUAAGUAUAACUUAUUAUUUUAAGCUUGAGCAUUUCAUCCGUUCAAACCUCCUAUCAGUUGAAUAAUUCUAGGUCGAGUAUUUAACGGAGUUUAGCUUAUGUUUAACAAAUCCACCAGUACCACGUUCUAAAUCAUGUCAUCAGUUUGCCAAACCGGCUAUUACAUCUAAACACCGUUUAUCGUUAAUAAUUUCAUGAAAGCAUAUAGUGUAGACUAGAAAAGCAUUUAUCUGGAGAUUCCAUGAUUUCUUAAACCGCGGCCUAAGUAAGACUUCGUUUUAAUAACCAGCCCUUUGUAUUGCAACUUAAGAGAGUGAACGAUCAGAUUGCUCAAGAUACGCUGUAGUUAUAAGUUGUUUCCUGUAGAACUUUUGCCUGUCCAAGCAAUGAGAAAGUUUACUCAAAUUGUUGCAGGUAUUAAAAUUAAAAUCAUGCCAUUUGAAAGCCAAUCAAGACUUUCGUCUUAAUUACUAAUAAAAAUAUUAACAUUUCCAGUGGGUAUUUUGAGAAAACUGACGACAUUUCGCGACGUCACCACUGGUUUACCCGCGAAAUGACGUCAGAGAAACGAGUGUACUGAUGCAGUACGCCAUACUGAUGACGUGUUUUUACCAAGAUCAGUGGGUAGUGUUUCUGAUCGGUUGAAGCAAAUUUCCAUCCAAUAAGAAGCACUACCCAGAUCUGUAAAACCUAUUAGUUCCUCGUGAUAACGAGUCUUCCUGACCCCGAUUCGCAAUCAAGGCGUUUGUAUGCUAUUUAAUAAUUAUAAUUUUCUACCUUUUAUGUCUCUUCAGGCAGAUCAGAAUUUGAGGAAGCUUGCGCGACAGCCUGGUAAGUUUUCAGUUUACCCACUUCUUUUCCUCAAAUUUUAUCCAGUCUAGGUUUUAGAAGAUAUUGCCCUAUGAUCCUCAAUAAACUGUGUCUGCAAUGGCUAGCUUGUGACUCCGGCAUUAUCAGAACUUGUAAGCUUUAAAGCAAGGGAUGUCCGCUCGAGUUUUUUCGCUGCUCUCAAGGGUCUUUAGAAGCUUGCCAGUCAAUCUUCGGUUUAGACGGUCAGUGAAGUCUAUGCAGUUGAGACAUCGAAGUCCACCAACCGUGAAACCACCAUUCACUAACAGCCAUCCUAUGGCGCUAGCUUACUAAUAAUCCGGCACAAUCAAUAAAUACCACCGUAUGAAGAAGAGCAGCAGUGGAAACGUCGUUCUUUUAUUGGGUAGGGUCCGUAUUGCUCUUCGUUUGUUCUGAAUGUCUCAUUUGUGUGCAUGCCGUGUUCGCCAUUUUGAGGUUGCGCGGGAGACCGGGUCGAGAUGAUUGUCAAAGUGCAUUGUGGGACCAUUUUGGGGGACAAAUUUGCCGCCAUGUUGAAAAUGUGUACCCCCAAAAAAGGCCCGCAAUGCACUUUGAAACCAUCUCGACCCGGUCUCCCGCGCAACCUCAAAGUGGCGAAUUCCGUGCGUUCAAGAAAGAAUAAUUGAAGAGAGAGGGAGAAACCCAGUUUCGCCCUUGGGGGCUGAUGUGAAUUCACCAAAGGUAUUUUUAGACCCAUUAUACGCUUGAAUUAAUCGGAAGUUGGUUUCUGGAGUCGAAAACGUUUAUUCAGUGUUGUCAGGAGAGAAUUAAGCAGUCGCCAUUACAAUAUGCUGCAUUUUUUGCUUUGAGGCAGUAACGCGAGGACUUGAUGAUAUUUCAAACAAGCGAUUAAAAUCUGCGGACGUCCGAGGAAUUAGACUUUGACUGUAAAAAUAACUUAAGUAAAAUUCACAUAUCCCGAACAGUGCCCUAAUAUUUCCCCUCUGUCUCAUUAUUCUCUCUCGGUCGGUCUGAAGAUGGCGAUGGAGAUAUCGAUCGCUUAGUAUCUCGAUCGUUUUCCUUUCACAGAAAUCAAAGAUGGCAGUCCAACACUAGGUGAACUGGAAUGUCUGUCCGGAAAAAUCAGUGACAAGUGGAAAAACCUUGGUCGUCGGCUACAGUUCGAUGAAGCACAGAUAACAGAACAUGACAAACACAAUGAUAAACUUUCUGAAAAAGCAUACAAAUUACUGAUUGCUUGGAAAAGAAGGGAAGCCUCAGAUGCAACUUACCGUGUUUUGCACGAAGCACUGUCUGACGUAGAACGUAGAGACUUAGCGCAAGAGUUUUGUUGUCAGCGAAAA